AAAUUGUCAAACAUGCGAGUGAACACGAAUUUUUAUUUGUAAAUGAAAUAUUUUCAUGAAUACGGUUAAAUACAUUUCUAAGUUUUUAAAACUUUGAUAAUCUCUAAGCUGCAUAUUGUAUUUAUUCUUGUUGAUGGUAUAUGUACAGUAAUUAAAACUCGGUGACAACCUACUUACAAUUGGCGUGUUUGAAGUAUGAAAUAAGUUUAUUAGUGAUCUCACAAUCAUGGCUCAAAGAUUUCCCACGGGGGGGCCGAGUCCCGCACCGCCCUCGAGUCCAAUGCCUCCACAACAGCGCUACCCUGGACCGGCGCAGCCUCAGGGCUCUCCGAUGCCGCCACGACCUUACGCGGGGCCUAACUUUCCACAACGCAGCGGCUUCACGCCGCCGCCGGCGGGUGGGGCGGGCGCGGGCGGCGCGCGCGCGGGCGGCGGGUACGGCGGCGCGGCGGGCGGCGCGGGCGCGGGCGGCGCAGGCGCACAGCCCGCCAAGCGGCCCGCCGACGCGCGCCCUCCGCUGCCGCCGCAGCAGCGCCCGCAGCACUACACCGGCGAGGGCUACGGCGGCGGCGUGGGCGGCGGCAGCGGCGGCAAGCGCAAGAAGCGGCUGGCGGACAAGAUCCUGCCGCAGAAGGUGCGCGACCUGGUGCCCGAGUCGCAGGCCUAUAUGGACCUGCUCACCUUCGAGCGCAAGCUGGACGCCACCAUCAUGCGCAAGCGCCUCGACAUCCAGGAGGCCCUCAAGCGGCCCAUGAAACAGAAAAGGAAGCUACGCAUCUUCAUUUCCAAUACAUUCUACCCCGGUCAAGGUGACAAUGCAGUGGCGUCGUGGGAGUUAAGAGUCGAAGGUCGCCUCUUGGAUGACUCCAAAAACGACCCAAACAAGGUGAAGCGCAAGUUCUCGUCGUUCUUCAAGUCGCUGGUGAUCGAGCUGGACAAGGAGCUGUACGGGCCCGACAACCACCUGGUGGAGUGGCACCGCACGCUCACGACGCAGGAGACGGACGGGUUCCAGGUGAAGCGGCCCGGCUACAAGAACGUGCGCUGCACCAUCCUGCUGCUGCUGGACUACCAGCCGCUGCAGUUCAAGCUGGACGGGCGGCUGGCGCGGCUGCUGGGCGUGCACACGCAGGCGCGGCCCGUGAUCGUGAACGCGCUGUGGCAGUACGUGCGCACGCACCGGCUGCAGGACCCGCACGAGCGCGAGUUCGUGCUGUGCGACAAGUACCUGGAGCAGAUCUUCGGCUGCGCGCGGCUCAAGCUGGCCGAGGUGCCGGCGCGCCUGGCGCCGCUGCUGCACGCGCCCGACCCCAUCGUCAUCAACCACAUGAUCUCCGUGGAGCCGCCGCACGACGCCAAGCAGACCGCCUGCUACGACAUCGACGUCGAGGUGGACGACACGCUCAAGGCGCAGAUGAACAACUUCCUGCUCAGCACCGCCAACCAGCACGAGAUCCAGGGGCUCGACGCCAAGAUCCACGAGACGGUCGACACGAUCAACCAGCUGAAGACGAACCGCGAGUUCUUCCUCAGCUUCAGCAAGGACCCGCAGCAGUUCACGCAGAAGUGGCUGCUCAGCCAGGCUCGGGACCUCAAGACGAUGAGCGGCAGCGCCAGCGGCAACCCCGAGGAGGAGCGGCGCGCCGCGUUCUACGCGCAGGGCUGGGCCGGCGAGGGCGUGGCGCGCUACCUGCACCAGCGCCUCGCCGCGCGCCGCCGCGACCUCGACGCCGCGCUGCCGUUACACCUCAUUAUGAAAAUAAAUAGACCCUGGUCUACCGUGCCCUGGUACACGUAA